AAUCGAUACGCUGUCAAUUUUAUCAGAGUAAACAUAACCUUAGAAGAGAGGGGGCUGCGUUGGCAGGCAGGUAUUUUCAUUCUCAACAGUGUUUCCUAUGCCAGCUUACGGAGGAAAUCUGACAAAAAAGACUGUUAUACUAAGUGAGACGUCCACCCUAGAAAAUGACUGAAUCAAUUUCCCGAACUGAACCGUCAUCACGGCAUCAUUUUGAGUAUACCAGCGAGCAGGAACUAUUGUCCGAAUUCUGCAAACAUAUGAGUGACCCGAAGAACGUGGACAUAGCGGCGAACUACUUAUAUCAAUCGUUACUCGAUGAAUCAAUUUUAGGAGUAGUGUUCGAAGUGCACCAUUUGAUAAAAUCCGGAAUGUUAGACGCACUUGAAGGUGAGCCCGAAGAUAGCAAAGAGUUUGCCAUUGUUGACCUGCCAGACCUCGAUGUCUUCGGUUCGACCGUGGGGAAGAAGGCAAUAGAUUGUACCUGCCCUAAUUGUGAUAGAUUAGUUUCCACAUCGAGGUUUGCUCCCCAUUUGGAGAAGUGUAUGGGAAUGGGUCGGAAUUCGUCUCGCAUCGCAAGUAGACGAAUCGCCAGCUCCCGUGAAGGAAGCAGCAGUUUUUUCGGAAGUAAUGUUAGCGACGACGAAGAAGCUGAUGCUGAUUGGUCAGGUGAGAAGCGACGAAAGAAGAUCCAGCAGACCAGACCAAAUGGCAGUAAGAAAAACGGGAAAUCCUGAGAAAGCUAUUCAUGACCGAAUAUAUCUCCUCAGUGGAAGAACCUCAUGUGGUAUCGCGUGUAAGAUAACGACUUUUUAUACAAAAUAAAUAAUAAUUUUUCAUAAGAGAAAAAGUAUUCUUCAACAUAAGUUAUAAAUUUCCUAAACAUAAUUUACGUGGACAAAUCGUGCCGAUAUAUCUCCAAUGGGCUCAUAAGCCUCCUUGGUGUGAUAAUAUAGGAAAUGACUUUGACACUCACGAGAUAAAUGAAAGUUUAAGUUUCUACCAUGCUAAAAAAUGUGGCCUGAAGAAGACUCUCCCAUAGAUCGUGUAGGAAAUAAGCCUCGUUUGAAGAACAUUCUAGGUCCUUUACAUACAGUACUCACAAGUAAUUAGUUAGUACUUCGUGUAAAUUAUGCAAACCUUGUUUAUUUUUUUAGCUCAAAACUUUCUUUGGAUAUUU